AUGGUCCUCCCUCAGCCCUGGCUCUUGCUGCUGCCUUCACCUCUUCCUGCCCUCCUGGUCCUUGGCAUCCCAGGGUCCCCAGGGCACUGCUCCCAGAAUCCUAAACCAACACGGGAAGAACAGACCAGCUCCAUACACAGCGGGAAGUCAUUACACAGGCUGAGUAGCACAAAGCAUGGGGACAGAGAGCACGGAAGGGAUCGGUCUCAGCGCACCCUACAGUUCCCCAGUCCUUUGCACCAAGCUCUAGUUGUAGGGCGGGAAGGGGCGUGGCGCCAGGCCCUGGUGUUCAUGAUCCAGAGGCUGAAGGAAAUGACAGUGAGAAAGCCUGGGAGAAGACACCUGAGCCAGUUCCUCUUCAACCUCCAACAUUGGAGAGCCCACACACCACCCCAGCAGCCCUCCCGUGCCAUGAGGUGA